AUGGCGCCGCCCGCCGCCCGCCUCGCCCUGCUCUCCGCCGCCGCGCUCACGCUGGCGGCCCGGCCCGCGCCCAGCCCCGGCUUCGGCUCUGGACCCGAGUGUUUCACAGCCAAUGGUGCCGAUUAUAGGGGAACACAGAACUGGACAGCACUGCAAGGUGGCAAGCCGUGUCUGUUCUGGAACGAGACUUUCCAGCACCCGUACAACACUCUGAAAUACCCCAAUGGGGAGGGCGGCCUGGGCGAGCAUAACUACUGCAGAAACCCGGAUGGAGAUGUGAGCCCCUGGUGCUAUGUGGCAGAGCAUGAGGAUGGUGUCUACUGGAAGUACUGCGAGAUUCCUACGUGCCAGAUGCCUGGAAACCUUGGCUGCUACCAGGAUCAUGGAAAUCCACCUCCUCUAACUGGCACCAGUAAAACAUCCAACAAACUUACCAUACAAACCUGCAUCAGUUUUUGCCGGAGUCAGAGGUAUAAGUUUGCCGGCAUGGAGUCAGGCUAUGCCUGCUUCUGUGGGAACAAUCCUGAUUACUGGAAGUAUGGGGAGGCAGCCAGCACCGAGUGCAACAGCGUCUGCUUCGGGGAUCACAGCCAGCCCUGUGGUGGUGACGGCAGGAUCAUCCUCUUUGACACUCUGGUUGGCGCCUGCGGUGGGAACUAUUCAGCCAUGACAUCCGUGGUCUAUUCCCCGGAUUUUCCCGACACUUACGCCACAGGACGAGUCUGCUACUGGACCAUUCGGGUUCCGGGAGCCUCCCACAUCCACUUCAACUUCACCUUAUUUGACAUCAGGGAUUCUGCAGACAUGGUAGAGCUGCUGGAUGGCUACACCCACCACGUCCUGGUCCGUUUCAAUGGAAGGAACCGCCCACCUUCGUCCUUUAAUGUCUCUCUGGAUUUUGUCAUUUUAUAUUUCUUCUCCGAUCGCAUCAAUCAGGCCCAGGGAUUUGCUGUCUUAUACCAAGCUGUCAAGGAAGAACUGCCACAGGAGAGACCCACUGUCACCCAGACCCUGGCCCAGGAGAUCACCGAGCAGGCCAACCUCAGCAUCAGUGCUGCACGCUCCUCCAAAGUCCUCUACGUCAUCACCACCAGCCCCAGCCACCCGCCGCAGACCGUCCCAGGUAGCAGUUCCUGGGCACCAUCAGUAGGGGCUGGCAGCCACAGAGUUGAAGGAUGGACAGUGUACGGCCUGGCGACCCUCCUCAUCCUCACGGUCACAGCCAUUGUUGCAAAGAUACUUCUUCAUGUCACGUUCAAAUCCCACCGUGUUCCUGCUUCAGGGGACCUCAGGGAUUGCCACCAACCAGGGACUUCAGGGGAAAUCUGGAGCAUAUUUUAUAAACCUUCUACUUCAAUUUCCAUCUUUAAGAAGAAGCUCAAGGGUCAGAGUCAACAAGAUGACCGCAAUCCCCUUGUGAGUGACUAAAACCGCACUUCCCAGAACUCGAGGUCCCUCUUGGGGCUCAAGGUUGUCGGGGUCGACCUCCCCUGUGGUUCUCUGACUGACUCUUCCCUGCCUCCCCUCCACCUCAGCCUUUUGGGGUACCCUUCAACACAUUGAGAAGGGGCGCCAAGCUGCAGGGUGAGCCUAGCCCACUGCUCCUGCUUCACCAGCUGCGUGUAGGAGAGAGACCCAAGGGCUCAGGGCCAGGCCCUCCCUGCGCGUCUCUCUGGUCUAGCAACUGGGGGUGUCAGGACCGGGCUGAGAUGACAGAGAUGGCCACGCUGACACUGGGCUCAGGUUCAUUCUAGAUGACUGUUGGGUGAUGGGUAGGUUUAGCAUAUGUUGAGUUUUUCUUGCUUCUUUAUUUUGUCCACACCCAGAUCAGUUUCCCCUGGUCUUCACAGUUUGGCACAGGACCAGACUGGGAGAAUUCUCAGGUUCUUUUGAGGGCUGGCCUGGUCAUGUACAAGCGUGGACUCCUGGGCAUUAGCACCUGCCAAAAUGUAAAGGGAGUCGGUGCUCCAUACUUGCGCUGGAGGUUUGCUCUCUGGGUGCUAGGCUAGGGUGGCCUGGGAAGGCCUGAGAGAGGGUCUAGGACCCCCAUUCAUGUCUUCCACACACAGGCUUCUCUCUAGAGGUUUUUUCCAAUAGCUCACUGACCUAUAAAACGUCCACUCAUUCUCACGCCUCAGACUCUGCUGGGAGCGUCCUGGGCCCUCAGUACUUAUGGAUUGGAUUUGUCUGCCUGGCUCCCUAGCUGCCCUGGGUCCUGUGGAACCCACUCCAGGCCAUUUUCUCCGCUCUCAGCCAACUCUCAGUUCAGAACAGGGAGUAUAAAGACUGGCCCAGCCUCUGGGCAGCGUUGAGUGAGAACUGGGCUGACAGUGCCUGCUGCAGUGUCUCUCCUUGUGAAAGAAGGUUAAAUAGAUAUAUACCCUGAGGGCUGUGUGCUCUGCCCCUUCUUAUGGGGACUGGGAGGCCUCAGGAGUGACUCUGUGGUGCAGAAGAAGGUUCUCAUCCCUGGCAACAGGCCACCUUGUCCCUCACACAGGGAGGCAACUGCGGAGAUUGGUGAGGGGAAGGGAAAGUUUGGGACUGGAGGUCCUUGGAGGAUAGGCCCCGAGACUGAGAUCUCCAGCUGUAGCAGUGCUGGCCGAGAGAGAAGGCAUCUUCAGAAGUCCCCGCUAUCCGGAAGCUGGCUUUGCCCACAGCAGCUGGAAGAGUAGCCUAUGCCCUGAAGGGCCGUUGUCAAGAGUAUGGCUGUCCUGUGGGCACUCCAUCUGAGUGCUUGCUGUGUUUCUGGCUUCCUGGGUGCCCUCCUGGGCACUGUGCCUACCUCCCCCACAUCCCCAGGCCACUGCCUGCUCUGGCUGACCUGGGAUUCCCACAGCCCAUUGAACCCAGCUGCUCCUGGGAGAAUGGAAGGUUGAAUGGGGCCAGCUGAGAAGUGUCUGCAGGGAGAGAGGACAUUCGGCAGUGCCAGGCUGGGGGUGCUCAGAACCAGCAGUUGGGGCAGUAAGAGGGAGGUGGGCAGUGUGUCCACAGGCAGGCAGGGUGCUACCCCAGCAGCCGAGAUGCAGUGUGCUGAGAGCCCCCGCCGCUCGCGGCCGUCUCCGCUGUCUGGAGGAAGGGCGACUAUGCCAGAGCAGCUGUCCGCAGGCCCCUGGGCCUAGAGACAGGCCUUCACUCCGAGUAUCACUGGAAAUAGACUGCCCGGCCUCUCUGCUCCUCUCUAUUCAUGGCUUUUGUGGAAUCUCCUGUCAAACACAAGCGCCAGAUGUGUGCGCUCACCCAGGGCCCCGUGCUGUGAACAGACCCGCGCACAGCAUGACGGGAAUGUAGAGCCCAGGAAGGGCUCUCCUGGCCAGAGGCAUUUCUAACUGCCCUAGCUAAUGCUGGUCACUGGGCUUGGCCUCCUGGAAGCCACCCCCCAUCUGCCUCCUCACCCUCCACAUCUCAGGAUGCCAGGCCCUAGCCAGCACGUUAUCUGAGCUGUGGCCCCAGCAGCCCCUCUCUAGAGACCCCAGGAAGGGCAGCAGUGCCCCGGGUGCCUCCUCUGGGUGGCCUGAAACAGCCCAUACCUCCAGAUCCCCUUCCUCUCCAGGAAGCAGCCCUGGAAACCCAGCCGCACCUCACCAUAGCUUGGGGGCAGGGCUGUGAACCGUCCCAGGCCAAAGCUCCAUAAACAUCCGACUGUGGCCUUAGAACCUGUCAGCAGCAUUCCCCAGAAGGCCCCUAGAGCCACGCAAACACCCAGGAAGUAAAUGACCCCAGAGGAGGUGAGGUGGGCGUCCAGGAACACGCACUGUGGGAGGAAAUGAAAUGCCUUGAGAAACGCCUGGAGCUGAGAGGAGAGUUAGGAGGUGACUGGAAAAGGGCGACCCUGAGGCUCCUCCGACGACACAGCGGAAGGCUCUGAAAGAGGCAGGAUUGUGCCCUGAAAGCACAGGAGGGGACAGAGCGUCGGCCUGUGAGCCUUCUCAGCCCUGGGCACUGCUGGCACCCAGGGCUGCCUUCUCAACAUGUGCACCCACAGAGGGCCCUCACUAGCCAAGCGUUCCACCUCCUGGGUGACUGCACCUCAGCCCUCUGGGGACCAGCUGCCUGGUGUCCAGCAGUGUCUCACAGUGUCCUUUGCCCUGGGAGAAGGCAGCAGGAGGCACAGGGUGCACUCUGUUCUUCCCCAUCUGUUCAGUCACUUGCAAAGCAGAGAAUAAAUAGGAGUGAACCCCCUGCCUGUGUCCAUGUUGGCAAGGACRGGUGAGGCUUCUUGGGCAUGAGUAAGGUGACCGGGCGGGCGUGCUGACUUCUUCAGUGUGGAUUCUGGCUCCAGACUCCGGUCAGCCCCAAGUCCACAGAGAUCAAAGCACUUGCAAGUACAGCUGUCCUGGCCCUCAGGUUGAACCCCGUGGUGUGCCUGGGCCCSGAGCCAGCCUCACACCCAUUGUCGGCCCAGGCAGGAGUCUGCCUGACCCCACUCAGGAUCCAGAUUCAGCCGCUGGGCAGACACGAGGGCACGCAGCAUUGCCUGACCGCCACAGGCACCGUGCACUUAGUCUUCACCAAGCACUUAGCAGAGAUGGCCUCCAAGACCCGGCCUUCCUGUCAGCUGAGGCCAGGCSGGGUCUCCCCAGUGACCACCCCGCCUCCAUAUCCGGGCACCUGGCUCUCCUUGGGUCCCGGUCUCCUGGGGGGCGUUGGCYGUCUGCUUUGUUACUGCCUGGGUUCCGCCUUUCCAUUGUUUCCUCUGUGUCUUUGUUUACCCUCCUCACUGUCUACCUCCUGGCCAGGUCUCAGCUUAGCUGCCCUGGUUUGGGGUGUUUUCCAAACCUCCAGCCACAGAGGCUCCCCUCAGACUGGACAGCUGGGGAGACAGGGCUUCCCCUCUGCCCGCAGGCCCCUGGCGCCACCGCCCGGGCUCCUGUCUCCGCAGCUGGAGCCGAGCACUGGCUGGACAGAGAGGACAGGCAGAGGCGGCUCCUGCUUCACAGGGGAGGUCCCUAGGCGCACCUGGAGGCCCUCCUGCCUGCGCAGGGACCCCAGGGGGUUCUCACCGCACCAAGACCCUCCACAUCCAAACUCACCCCCAGCAGGGACUUUGACUUUGGAUGACAAGGCUUUAUUUGUAAAUAUUCUCUUAAUAUGCAACUUUGAGAACAAAAUAGAAACAUCAUGUAUUUUAAAAUAUAAA